CUGAAUGUCACGAGAGCCGUGUAGGAGAUGCGCGCGCGCUCCACUCUUCACGUCGCCCACAGUGUGUGAAACUUUACGAUUUUUCCAGUUGGUUUUCUCUUUAAGAACUUGCCUGGAAAAAUAAGGAAAAGAAAAGAAAAUAGUAACAAUAAUAUGAACACAUCUGAAUUUAUUCAUUUCGCCACGGUUUCGGUUCAAUAGGCUCGGAGAAGACCUCACGCGCAGCCUGGUUUCCCGCUUUUUUAUUCUGCACGCGCAGAUCCGAGUGGAAGAAGACGCACGCGGAGGGGAAGGCAAAAAAAAAAACAUUUCGACACUCUGACAUUUCUGAAGGUCCCUUAUUCUGCGUGUGCUACCCCCUGUUGGAGUGGAGGUGAUGAGUGUGUGUGGGAGGAAGGCUCUGACGCUGCUGAGCAGUGUGUUUGCCGUGUGCAGUCUGGGCCUGUUGGGAAUCGCCGUCAGCACAGACUACUGGCUCUACCUGGAGGAGGGAAUCAUCAUGCCUCUCAACCAGAGCACAGAAAUACGCAUGUCUCUCCACUCAGGCCUCUGGAGAGUCUGCUUCCUGGCAGGAAAAGAGAAGGGACGCUGCUUCACCAUCGAGUAUGUCAUGCCUAUGAACGUCCAGAUGACAUCAGAGUCCACAGUCAGUGUCCUGAAAAUGAUCCGCUCUGCCACACCAUUCCCACUAGUCAGUCUUUUUUUCAUGUUCAUCGGCUUCGUCCUGAGCAACAUCGGCCACAUCCGGCCCCACCGCACCAUCCUCGCGUUCGUCUCCGGAAUCUUCUUCAUUCUGUCAGGUCUAUCACUGGUAGUUGGUCUGGUGUUAUAUAUUUCUAACAUCAAUGAUGAGAUGCUGAACAGGACUAAGACAAACGAAGCCUACUUCAGCUACAAAUAUGGCUGGUCCUUCGCCUUUGCUGCCAUCUCCUUCCUGCUCACUGAGGUGGCAGGCGUGAUGUCCGUCUACCUGUUCAUGAAGCGAUACACAGCGGAAGAGCUGUACCGGCCUCACUCGAAUUUCUACGGGCCUCGUCUCAGUAACUGCUCCGAUUACUCAGCUCAGUUCCUUCACCCGGACGCCUGGACGCGAGGACGCAGUCCCUCAGACAUCUCCAGCGAAGCCUCUCUCCAGAUGAGCUCCAACUACCCCGCUCUGCUCAAGUGUCCUGAGCAUAUUUCCUCCUCCCCCUGCUGAGAGAGCUCACACACAUGCACACAGGAAAGUCUGACUUGACACAGCUAGUUAAGAUCACUUUAUCACUAUUCGAUGUAAAAAAAUUUUUUUUGGAGUAUUAACUAUUUCAGUGUGCCUCAUGUUUCAAUCCUACAGUACAGCUGCUAGUCAUGCUAGUACGUAGCAGAUACGUUAACUGAACCUCUGCCUUUUUCUCGAACAUUUUGCUUUUUGGGAGAUUCCAGUGUGUUUUAGAAUUUUUUUUCAAUCGAUAUCAAACUUAUCUGUAUUCAUUCUCCAUUAUUUCAAUCAUGGAAAAGUAAAUAUGUAGUGAGUGUUAAUAUAUUCCAAAUGAUGAGAAAUGCAAGAAUCUCUCUAGAAGACAGUGUUUCUCAAACCAGGAAGUGUAUGGCUGCCUUAAAGAGUCAUUAAUUAAAGAAGCUCUGUGACCUGCUUGAACAAACACCUUGAAUCUGACCUGAACACUGUAACGUUAUAGGAGCUGUAUUAGACAAAAUAUGGUUUGACUUAGCGCAGGUUAUUAGCACAGUUAGUUGCUAGCUCCCAGGUCCCAUGUUUCGGUUGCUUGGAAACCUGAUUGGGUGAAAAAAUGGUAGCUAACAUAACAUAACAUAACAUAACAUAACAUAACAUAACAUAUAACAUAACAUAACAUAACAUAACAUAACAUAACAUAACAUAACAUAACAUAACAUAACAUAACAACACAAUACAACACAACACAAUAUAAUGUGUGUUGCACUAGUUAGCUAGUUAAGUGCAUUAAUACAGAAAAACAGUAACACAACCUUGACUAUAAGUCACAUGGUCAGUGUGAAGGACACUGGCUAUUGUCUUUAUUUUCUUGUGAUUAGUUCUCACUUGUAGUUCCACAACCGCAGUGCAUAAUGCAUUAAGCUUCAUCAGAGCUACAAACCAAAUGUUGUUUUGUCAAUAAUGAGUAAGCUUGUUCUUUUUAAGCCUAACUGUGAAUACUAAAUGAACCGCCCAGACACAACAUCUGCUUGUCCCCAGUGCUUGUCCAGGCUUCUGCUUCAGUUUCCUGCUUCAGACUGAACAGUGCUGUUUAAAGCAGAAGUCUAUAAGGAAUUAAAGAUGUAUGGAGACUGCAUGUGGGGCCUGGUUUGGGAAACACAGCCUUUAGCUAUUCAGUUAUCUGAUUGGUGUAUUAUUUGUGUGUUUAACUGCCAAUCAGAGAGAGAAAUUGUGAUGUGUUACCAAUCUUCAGCAUGGCCUUGACUCUGUUACCUCUUGCUUUGGAGAUCUUAUUCUAAACGUUUUCUACGGUGGCUGAGAAGUGCAAAACAAAAUAGCAAAUCCUGAAUAGAAAAUAACAUUCAAGAAACAAAAUAACAAAUCCAGGAAACAAAAUUAGAAAAGAAAAUAACAAAUCCAAAAGCAAAAUGACAAAACAAAAACCAAAUAAAUCAGAAAACAAAACAACAAAUCAGAAAGCAAAAUUUCAAAACUCAACGAUAAUUUAAACAAACCGGAAAAGGUAGGUAUAAUUUGCGAAUAGAAUUCUUAGGGCAGCAUUCUAUAGGGCAGUGGUGGCUCAAGUGAUUAAGGCUCUCGGUUAUUGAUCGGAGGAUUGGGGUUCAAGCUCCACUGUUGGGCACUUGAGCACGGCCCUUAACCCUCUAUGUUCCAGGGGCGCUGUAUCAUAGCUGCCCCUGCGCUCUGACCCCAACUUCCUCAGCUGGGGUAUGCGAAGAAAAGAAUUGUAUGUGUGGUGAUAAUAAAGGCUUCAUGCCCUGAGUUCUAUGUUCUAUGUCACUCAAGAUAUACAGGUCCAGCAGGCUAUGACAGUAGAAAGUAGAUUGAUUUGUUAUUUUUUACUGAUUUGUUAUUUUGUUUUCUGAUUUAUUAUUUUGUUUUCUGAUUUAUUAUUUUGUUCUCUGAUUUAUUAUUUUGUUUUCUGAUUUAUUAUUUUGUUCUCUGAUUUAUUAUUUUGUAUUCUGAUUUAUUAUUUUGUUUUCUGAUUUAUUAUUUUGUAUUCUGAUUUAUUAUUUUGUUUUCUGAUUUGUUUUUGUUUUCUGAUUUAUUUUGUUUUCAGAUUUAUUAUUUUAUUCUCUGAUUUAUUAUUUUGUUUGCUGAUUUAUUAUUUUGUUUUCUGAUUUAUUAUUUUGUUUUCUGAUUUGUUUUUGUUUUCUGAUUUAUUAUUUUGUUUUCUGAUUUGUUUUUGUUUUCUGAUUUAUUAUUUUGCUCUCUGAUUUGUUUUUGUUUUCUGAUUUAUUAUUUUGUUUUCUGAUUUAUUAUUUUAUUCUCUGAUCUGUUAUUUUGUUUUCGGAUUUAUUAUUUUGUUUUCUGAUUUGUUUUUGUUUUCGGAUUAUUAUUUUGUUUUCGGAUUCAUUAUUUUGUUUUCGGAUUUGUUUUUGUUUUUGGAUUUAUUAUUUUGUUCUCUGAUUUGUUAUUUUGUUUUCUGAUUUGUUUUAGACUUCUCGGCCACCAUACAUUUCAGAUUGAAUUCAUGUCAUAAUACAGUCCAUGUAGCUAAAAUGUUUGUUUUGCAUGUUACCUGUCUGAUGGAUGUAACAACAGAGACUGAGCAGAUUUCUUUAUUUAAGGUAUUUACAGGAUGAAUGUACAGAUUGUUGCAGUUACUUGUGGAUUUUUAGUAUUUUUUUCAUUUAGUGCAAAAUAUACUAAUGUAUGUAAGACAAUUACUUACUCACCAGCAUUUCACAGAUAUGAAAGAAGAAAAUCUUUAAAUGUACCAAUAUAAAUAAAUACUUAAAUAUAAAUAAA